AAACUAUUUAUAGCGAGACACCACUUACUCUUCCGCCAUUUGUUAAACCUCUAAAGCUCGUGAGAACCAAAAGCUUGAAUCAAACGCUUUUGAAAUCAUGGGUAUCUCUCGUGAUUCAAUUCACAAGAGACGUGCCACUGGUGGUAAGCAAAAAAUGUGGAGGAAGAAGCGAAAGUAUGAGCUUGGAAGACAACCAGCUAACACUAAGCUGUCAAGUAACAAGACGGUGAGGAGGAUCCGUGUGCGUGGUGGGAAUGUAAAGUGGCGAGCUUUGAGGCUCGAUACUGGAAACUUCUCGUGGGGAAGUGAAGCUGUGACCCGCAAGACUAGGAUCUUGGAUGUGGCGUACAAUGCAUCAAACAAUGAGCUUGUUCGUACACAAACUCUUGUGAAGAGUGCUAUUGUUCAAGUUGAUGCUGCUCCAUUCAAGCAAGGGUAUCUCCAACACUAUGGAGUUGAUAUUGGUCGCAAGAAGAAAGGAGAGGCCGUUACCACUGAGGAAGUGAAGAAGAGCAAUCAUGUUCAAAGGAAGCUGGAGAUGCGACAAGAAGGCAGAGCACUUGACUCGCACCUUGAAGAGCAGUUUAGCAGUGGAAGGUUACUUGCAUGUAUCGCAUCAAGACCCGGACAAUGUGGUCGUGCUGAUGGGUACAUAUUAGAAGGUAAAGAGCUCGAAUUCUACAUGAAGAAACUUCAAAAGAAGAAGGGCAAGAAUGCUGGUGCUGCAUAAGAUACAAAACUUUCGAUUGGGAUUUUACUUACGUUUUUGAUCUUGAAAAUUUGAAAAGCUUUAUUCAUUCUUUUGUUGAGUUAGAGUUUGCAUUGAGAGAUCUUCAUGUUUAUGGAUUUUGAUCAUUUAUAGUCAAAAUUUCUCAAUUUCCAUUCAAUAAAUCC